GCCGGAUGCGCCUUUGCAGACGUGGAACCUUGGUUGAACGAGAGGGGUGAUGUGGACCAAGGAUAUCACGUCCUCUGUGUUCGACGAUGUGCAGAAGUCCGUCAGCCUGUUAUUAGCGCCUCCAGCGUCGAUCAAGAUGAACAAACCACAAAUGCAAGAUCGCCGCACAGUAGUACGCUCUCCACUCCAUCCCCCUCGAUCGAGUUUGAAGAUUUUCUUCACUUAGAUUUCUACCGGGGUGGCACUACACUCCAGCCGAAAGCGAC